AUGGAAUGUGAAUCUGUUGAAGUUGGUGCUUUCUUGCAGAUUGUGCUGGACUAUUUGAUACCUGAUCACCCAGCAGACGCAUUUCAUCUUGACCCAGAGUGUGACCCUUCAUUGUUAGACAGAGCUGUCCAGUUUGUGAUUGGUGGCUGGUCUAAGUGGGAUGCUGCAUACUUUCUUCAUAUUGCUCAAUAUGGAUAUACUGAAUGGCAUAUGUUUGCCUUCUUCCCAUUGUUCCCUGUUACAGUGCGAUUCUUGGCUGAUUAUGUGAUCUCUCCCAUUCAACACAUGUUGUUUCUGAACAUGAGUCUUUAUAGCUGUGUAUUAAUUGCUGCAGUAACACUCAAUAUUGUUGCGUUUAUCUGUGCUGCUGUGCUGCUGUAUCACCUGGGAGUAUGUGUGUUGCAUUCAGAGAGACUAGCAUAUCAUGCUGCUUUACUGUUUUGUAUUAAUCCCGCAAGUGUGUUUAUGACAGCAGCAUACACGGAGUCCCUAUUUGCAAUGAUAAGCUUUGCUGGAAUGUUGUCUCUACAAUGUAACAAACUUGUACUGUCAAUACUGCUUUUCGGGUUAUCAGCACUAGUGCGGUCAAAUGGAGUGGUGUCUAUUGGAUUUCUCUUAUAUUACUUGAUGAAAAGACACACCAAGAUGUUGUCCAACCUCUGGAAUGUAAUGAACAGGAAUAACAGACAUAAACUUCAACUGAUUUGUAGUGUGCUCCGCAGUGAAUGCAAACACAUAUUGGUGUCAUUUUGUUUAGUGCCUUGUUUUUUCAUUAUGCUGAUUCCUUUUGCAUUGUUCCAGAUGUAUUCCUUCUUGGUCAUCUGUACAGAUGUUACAAGCAUUUUCUACUGGAUGGAAAGGGAGUUGAUAUCACAUGGUGCACCCACAUGGUGUAGCAAUACUAGACUAUUGCCAUAUGCAGCCAUACAGUCACACCAUUGGAACGUGGGAUUUUUAAAGUACUAUGAACUCAAACAAAUACCAAACUUUCUCCUUGCACUGCCCAUGAUCAUUUUGUGUGUCAGUGCAAUUAUGGAUUAUUGCAAACAAAGACGGAAAUAUGUUUCAUUUUUGGGUAUUUUAGAGACAAAUGCAAUUAACUGUGAGCGGCGGAAAAAUGUUAAUUUUGUUGAUCAUCAAGUAGAGGGAUUCUGCAGCGACCAGUCACUGGUGUACAUGGCUCAUGUUACAUCUCUCCUCAUAUUUGGAGUCACUUGCAUGCAUGUACAGGUUAUUACCAGGUUGAUUGCUUCUAGCUGUCCAGUUGUGUAUUGGUAUGCAGCUCAUCUAACACUACCUAGCAUCAAUUCUAAAACAGACAGCACAAGCAACGAUAGAUCAGCUUGUCAUACUACUAAGGGACUCACAGACAAAAGGACUAUUUUACUUGGAGAGUUUGUUAGGUGCAAUAACCAUUGUUACAUUAAACAACUAGUUCUUGGCUUUUUCCUUGGGUACUUCAUUUUGGGACUUUGUAUGCAUUGUAAUUAUUUACCCUGGACAUAAAAGGCAACCAAUAUCAAGUUGUUACACUGUACCGGGUACUUGUGUUUUUGUUGUACAUGUUUGUUACUUUAAAGGGACACAUUUGUAUAUACUCAGCGCCUUGAGUACCUUGUUUGGUAGAUACGUGCGCUAUAUAAGACUUCGAUAUUAUUAUUACAUUGCCAUGAGUGAGUUGGUCUACGAAUAGCUUCUGAAACCAUUUGUUAUGAAAUGCAUUAUGGUUAGAAAGAUGUUUAAAAAGUAGAAUAUAAUGAUCCGCACAAACAUGCCUCAAAAUUGCAUGGUUCACCUUAUACAUGUACAUCGUGAGCUAACACGUCACGCUAUUUUGAGGAGUCAAAAUUUGAGUCCAGAAAAUUGCCGACCAUGUUUGUUCGUAAAGUAAUUUAAGAAAGGUCGGGCAAUUUAUCAGUCAAUUAGUGUAGAUCAUUGUAUUCUACUUUUAACAGAGACCAUAAUGCAUUUGAUAACAAACAGUAACGGUUACAGGCACUUUUCAUAGAUCAACUUGAUUGGUCUAUUGGCGUUAUGUCACUUGAAUUAUUCUGGUUGCCUUUGAAAUAGAAGCCCCAACAAUAAAAAUGCCAAAUGCAUAGGUUUACAUAGACAAUCUUGGACAAUCAAAACAGCAUUAAAUUUGUGUGCUUGAAUAUGUGACUUUGAGAAAGCGCUAAUUGAGCCAAUACAGGUUGUAUGCACAUUUAUGGAACAAAACCCAUCUUUAAAGUUGUUAGCUGUAAAUCAAAGUUUAGCACCAGCCCUAGCUCUGUGUUUCUUCACUUGUAAUGUUUGUAAUAUAUACUUGUACACACAAUAAUAUGCUUCUACAGUUGCUUGUCAAGAUUUUGUUUUAACAAGCUUUUAAAAAAGCUUGUUAGAUUAUGUAAAUUUUAGUUUUACUAAAUUUUGUUUUCAGUGUUUGAUGUCCACCCCCCUCACCUUUUCAAAUUUAAAUUGUAAAAAAAUGUAAAAUAGCACUAUUUUAAAAAGACUGCUGCACUAAGGCUCAAUAUUGAGCCUUAGUGCAGCAGUCUUUUUAAACCAUUGUAUCUAUUAUUUAUCCUAGAUGGUUAUCUAUGUACAAAUAUUGGAUGCAUCUGAGCGCAUUGUCACAGAACACAAUUAGGCUUCGAAGUGAAGUUUGGACUAUUCCAUUUCAUGAGGUGAAUAGCUAGAUUGCACAGAGUCUACAAAAUGCGUGAACAAAAUGCAUUCAAUAUUUGUUUUAACCAAUACUCAUGCACACAUAGAUCAAUCCACCCACACUCUGAAAACAUUUUAAUAUUGAGGAAGACUUCAAGAGACACCAGCUUUGUCUGUUCCAUAAAAAAAGCAAAAACUAUUUACAGCAAAAAGUGAAUGUAAGAUUAGAAUAAAACAAAACCUUGAACAUUGAA